AUGUCUUCCAAAAUGGUGCUGCUGCUCCCAUUUUUUCUGAUGUUUGCUGCCUUGAGUUGGGCAAGCUCACAGACUUGUAUACAACCUUCGACUUUGCCAGAUUUGCUAGAUGUUACCGCAGAGGAACUGAUCACUGGCCUGGAGAGCGGGACAUUUUCAAGUGUCGACUUGACGAAGGCAUAUAUCCUCCGGAUACAAGAAGUCAAUGAUGUUCUCCAUGCAGUGACAGAGAUCAACCCAGAUGCAUUGUCCAUUGCAGCUGCUCUCGAUGCUGAGCGAGCCAACGGAACUAUUCGUAGCCCCCUGCAUGGAAUCCCGAUGUUGAUCAAGAACAAUAUUGCGACAAAAGACAAGAUGAACAACACAGCAGGAUCCUACUCCUUGAUAGGGGCUACCGUACCACGUGACGCUACCGUGGCUGCAAAGUUGCGAGCAGCUGGUGUCAUCCUUCUUGGGAAAGCAAAUCUGUCACAAUGGGCCAAUUACAGAUCUUCGAAUAGUUCCAAUGGCUGGAGUGCAUAUGGUGGUCAGGUCACUGGAGCGUAUUACCCAAACAUGGACCCUAGUGGUAGCUCCUCAGGCAGUGCAGUUAGUAGCUCUAUUGGAUUGGCGCUUGCAACUCUGGGGACAGAGACAGACGGCAGCAUCCUCAGCCCAUCGAGUGUGAACAACCUCGUUGGCAUAAAGCCCACCGUGGGUCUAACCUCCCGAUCUCUGGUCAUCCCAAUUAGUGAACACCAGGACACUAUUGGGCCUAUGGCUCGAAGCGUCACUGAUGCAGCUUACAUCCUCUCAAUCAUCGCGGGGAAAGACGCGUCAGAUAACUACACGUCUGCACAGCCUUGGGAUACUCCACCCGAUUACACACGCAGUUUAAACUUUUCCAGCCUUCGGGGAGCUCGGAUUGGGAUCCCGAGGAAUGGGAUAACUGCUUCCAACACUAGUCAACCAAUAUCGGACGCCUUUGAAGCUGCCAUCCAGGUGAUCAAGAAUGCUGGGGCGACAGUCGUCGAUAACACGAAUUUUUCUGCAUGGGAUGCAUAUGUGGCUGACUCGAGCGCGUCUCUGGGCAGCGAGAGUAUUGUCCUCGAUGCCGACUUCGUCUCAAAUCUUGCGCACUAUCUCUCUCAGCUCACGUCCAACCCCAAUGGCAUAAAAAGCCUUGCCGAUGAGGCCAACUUCACGCACGCAUUCAAGCCGGAAGCCUACCCGUCACGGGACACUGCCAUCUGGGACCAAGCGCUCUCUCUGGGCUAUAACAACUCCGACGCUCGAUUCUGGAAGGCGUAUCAGAAGACGAGCUUUUUCGGAGGAGAAGGCGGUGUUCUAGGAGCCCUGCGAGCCCACAAGCUCGACGCUCUGAUCCUCCCAACGGAUUAUUCCCCGGGCCUACCCGCUCUAGCGGGACUGCCCGUGGUGACGGUGCCCAUGGGCUUCUAUCCGAGUAACAGCACCGUCGUCAAAUCCGAACACUGGGGUCUGGUGCAAGUCGGCCCAAAUAUCCCAUUCGGACUUUCUUUCCUGGGCCCGAAAUGGUCGGAAGAGAAACUCAUCGGCUUUGCGUAUGCGUUUGAGCAACGCACGCAUAUCAGAUCGAAGGUGCAGCCUUACAUUGUGCCGAAUAUUCAGCUGGGCGAUGUAGUUCAGCCUUGA